AUGGCUGAUCAAAUCCUCGAGCAAGUUCGCGAUCUGGCGGAGGGUCAGAUUGAUUUUGAAGGCCAGAAACUGGCAGACCUGCUUGCGACCAUCGUCCUCUCGGCAUCUGGAGUUCUCUCCUUCAUCAUCGGUUACUUGCUUCAAGAUAUCAAGCUCGCAGUCUACGUAGGGUUGGCCGGAACCGUUCUUACUUUCCUCCUCGUUGUACCCCCCUGGCCCUUCUACAAGCAACACCCAGUCAAGUGGUUGGAACCAGGCUCAAGAACUGGCACUGGAUCAGUACAUGGGAUGCAGAACAUGGCUACAAUAGAGAAAUCAGGAUAG